AUGUCCAAGCAGGGAAGUCGGUUGCGGCCACCACCACUGGCGGCUGAUUCGCUGGCGAAUGUGGGGUUUGUAUCCAAGGGAGACAAGAAGCUACUCAACUAUCCCGCGCAGAAGGAAUACUUCGACAAGAUCACCAAGCGGUACUUGCAGUUCUGUGCAGACCACAAGGGAAAUCUUGAUGCCGCACUUGCCUCGCUCCCCAUCAACUCCUCGAACGAUGCCACCUCCAACCCACCCGCCGCCGGGCCAUCAACGAAGUCGAGCCCCGCAGUGAAAGGGAUCCCCUCACCAUCCGCGGAGCUAUCUACGCUUCUCCUCUCGCUUCGCAAGCUGCGCGAGGCCGUACUGGCAACAUCUGCAUCGACACCGGUCGACUUCUCCCAGAAAGUCCACUACUUUUCAAUCCGCCUAUCAAUCCUUGCCCAACACCCUCCGUCCUAUUUCCCUUCUCUGCGAUACAGCCUCGACAAAUUACACUCCACUUCGCACCCUUUCGAAGACUCCGAGAUCAACGAACUACUCUCAUACAUGAUUCUAGACUAUGCCUGCCGACAAGGAGACAUGGGCGCGGCCUUUGAUCUGCGCGCACGAGCACGCAAGGAGCACAAGUUCCACUCACAGACCGUCGACCAAGUCCUAACUGCAUUGAUGAAUGACAAUUGGAUUGCCUUUUGGAGAGUGCGGAAGGGCGUGGACUCGUAUGUUCGGGCUGUGAUGAAUUGGGCCGUCGAUCGAGUCCGGAGACAUGCCUUGAAGGCUGUUGGUAGUGCCUAUCUCAAUGUCCAUGUUAGUUGGAUCGUCGGUGGGUGCACGGGCGAUGACGGGGACUGGACGUGGGAUAAGCUUGUCGAAACGGAAAAGCUCGGUUGGCAGAAGGAAGGGGACAACGUUAUUAUUCGACGGCCUAAACCGAGGCCUCCGCCUCAGGCGGCCCAUGCACAUGCUCAGAUGAGUGCAUCAGUUUCAUAG